AUGGUUUAUGAAACACUUUCGACAAGUGAAGGUAAUGUUAAUGGUGAUGGCAAUGCUGCUGUUUAUGGCAAUGAUAAUUGUAAUGGCAAUGAUGAAGGUAAUGGUAAUGGUAAUGGUAAUGAUAAUGGUAGUGCUGAUAUUAAUGGUAAUGGUAAUUAUGAAGGUAAUUGUAAUGGCAACAGCAUUGGUAUUGGUAAUGGUGAUGAUAAUGGUAAUGCCGAUGUUGAUGGCAAUGAUAUUUGUAAUAUUAACGGAAAUGAUGAAGGUAAUUGUAAUGGCAACAGCAUUGGUAAUGGUAUUGGUAAUGGUGAUAGUAAUGAUAAUGAUACGCUGUCUGCACCACCUUCCACAAGUCCAUCGGUGGCUAUUCUACCACCAAUUGCCUUGCCAUCAGACCCUGACGAAAUCAAUGGAGGACAUCAGUGCGCAAUGAAUUUGUGCGAAUUCUCAACGAUCAACGACGAAAACAUUUAUUACUCACCAACUACCACCACCCACCACCCACCACCAACCAUCAUCACUACAACCCACCCAAUGGCAGAUGACACAAAUCUGGCGACGGAGCAGGCCUUAAACGAAUCAAAGGCCACGUCAUUGUAG